AGUUUUGGUUAUAGGACCAAAAUCUGACAGUUACUGUUGGACUCUGGUGUUAUUCUUGAGGGUUAUGUAGUGCCUUGUUAUGUCACAUUUCAAUAUUUUCGAAAUGUCUUUGAGACUUAAACCGCUGCGUUUCCUUCAACAGACCAACGCACUCCACAAGGUUUGUAAGUGUGGAACAGCAACCAGCAGUUCCAGAGCGUCAGAGGCUAUCUUCUUGGAGAAGACAUUGGAGGAUCCCAUAAUCGCUGUCACCGAUAGAGACAAUGUGGACAUGAUAGGGCCUCCGGAUCCGGUUUCCAAUUUGAGACCCAUCGUGAGAAAAAUAUGCAGCAACGAGACUACCUUGCAAGAGAAGCUAAGGUUGAUGCAGAAUGAGACGCAUAAUUGGAACCAGACAUUCUGGGCGGACCACAACACGAGGUUCAUCAAACAAAAGAAGGAUUAUAUUCAGAAGAAACAAGAGGAGAUGAAUGAAACGAGGGCAUUAACUGCAGAUGAACUAAGUGAAUUUUACAAGGAAUUCCUUGAUAGCAAUUGGAACAUGCACGUGAAUUACAAUUUGCAAUGGUACAAGCGUAAUUUCACGUUGAUGUUCCUUGCGCUCAGAGCUAGUCUACCACAAGGAUUUCAUUAGUAAAGUGCUAAAGUAAUCGGGUCAUAUAAGCCAACUGCGAAGGAAUGGUUUUACACGUUUCUGCCAUCAUCGGCGGAGGAUGUGCAUCUCUAU